AUUUCUGUCCGAGAGCUAUGUUUGCGUUGCUCCGAUAGGCUGUCGGUGAGAGUAGUGGAGCUCAGUGCAUAUCCAGGCACAUUGAGCUGUAGAGCCGGGAGGAGACUGGCAGCAGAAGCCGGCGCUGGCACCGAGCUCCUAUCUAGGCCAUGAUCCUAUUUGCAUGACACUUGAAAUAAUAUCGAAACUUCAAAAAGUUCUGGGAUAUAACAGCAUCUCUCCAUUUAGAGUUUGUGUGAUUCAUCAACAUCAGGAGAUCUGGUUGCUCUACAUAAUCUCAGACCUUCCAUGUUGAUCAAUGGAACUUUGUGAUUUGGGGAAUGCUCUGUGUAAGCACGUGGCUGGAGCCCAGUUCAGCCAUCUAGAAAGAGUGGAUCCUUCCAUUGUGGCUUCUUCUUGGUUUUGCAGUUGAUCACCACAAGGAUCAAGGGAAGACAAUCGGAGAAGCUUAUAUUAAGAAGACUGUGUGUAUGUGUGAAAGGUCUGCCAUAAUGGAUUGUGAUUCUGUCCCAAGUCAAGACGCUCAGUCAGAACUUGCAGAGCGAGUUGCUGCUAUUGAAGUGGAUGAAGUAUGUCAGGCUCCAGAAAGAAUAAAUUCUGAUGAAAUGGAUGGACUGAAAAACAACUGCAUGAGCUCUGAGACCAGUGAGGAUGUAUUUCUUUCUUCCCAAGAACAAAGGGACUUGAGCUCUUUCCAAAGGGCUUCUUCUCGACCUUCUUUAUCAAACAGAAAAUUCUCUCUGCAAGAAAGACCUUCAGGAGGCUGCCUUCCAUCCCACAACCUAGCUUAUGGUCCAUAUGCAACAGGUCCCGCAUCACACAUAUCUCCAAGGAUUGUUCGAAGGCCAACAAUAGAGUCCAACCGUGUCUCCAUCUCUGAUUCAGAUGAUUGUGUGCAGCUGAACCAAUACAAGCUACAGAGUGAAAUUGGCAAAGGUUCAUAUGGUGUUGUAAAACUGGCGUACAAUCAAAGCGAUGACAAGUAUUAUGCAAUGAAGGUUUUAUCAAAAAAGAGGCUGCUGAAGCAGUAUGGGUUUCCACGUCGACCCCCUCCUAGAGGCUCAAAGACUGGAUCAGGGGAUCAAACAAAACCAAUGGCUCCACUGGACAGGGUGUAUCAGGAAAUAGCUAUUUUGAAGAAAUUGGAUCAUGUAAAUAUUGUCCGAUUGAUUGAGGUACUAGAUGAUCCAGUCGAAGACAAUCUUUAUAUGGUGUUUGACCUCUUACGCAAAGGGCCUGUAAUGGAGGUACCCAGUGAGCAUCCUUUUGCGGAAGAUCAAGCUAGAGUUUACUUUAGGGACAUUGUUCUGGGCAUUGAAUACUUGCAUUACCAGAAGAUCAUUCAUCGGGAUAUCAAACCUUCUAACUUACUGCUAGGAGAUGAUGGACAUAUCAAAAUAGCUGAUUUUGGUGUGAGCAACCAGUUUGAAGGCAAUGAUGCACUUCUUUCAAGCACUGCAGGGACACCGGCCUUUAUGGCUCCUGAGACACUUUUAGAUUGUGGACAAGGGUUCAGUGGAAAGGCACUUGACAUGUGGGCCAUGGGAGUAACCCUUUAUUGUUUUGUGUUUGGAAAGUGUCCUUUUAUGGAUGAAUUCAUUCUGGCUUUGCAUAAUAAAAUCAAGUACAAACCAGUGGAGUUUCCAGAAGAACCCUCAAUAAGUAAUGAUCUUAAAGAUUUAAUUUUGAAAAUGCUGGACAAAAAGCCAGAAGAUAGAAUAACUGUUCCAGAGAUAAAAGUGCAUCCUUGGGUAACAAAUAGAGGAGAAGAUCCUUUGCCUCUGGAAGAAGAGCACUGUACCAUUGUAGAAGUAACUGAGGAGGAAGUGAAAAACUCAGUCAAGCUUAUCCCAAGUUUGACAACAGUGAUAUUAGUGAAGGCAAUGCUCAGGAAGCGCUCCUUUGGAAACCCCUUUGAAUGUGCAAGAAAAGAGGAGCGGUCAAUGUCUGCCCCAGGAAACCUUUUAAUGUGCCAGUUUAAGUCAUCUUUAAAAUUGCAUCCACAUGUAAGAAAACAAAUGAGUGGGGAAGGUGCAAAGGAUUCCGAGCUCCCUGAUGUGGAGGAAGAUGAAGGAACCUGCUGAAUAUAUGCAUGUAUCCAUUCAGCUCACCUGCUGCUGCGGUCCUCUCGUUAUUAUGUUGCACACAAUCUUAGUCUCAUGAACAUAAAGAACCAAAGCUUGCGGUCUGUAAAAAGAAAAAUGAAAACACAAAAACAAACAUUUUGAAAGGUCUUUGCAAAAGGUUUACAAAUUUCUGGGGGAAUGGUAUCACUUCAUAGCAUCUGUCUGUCACUUGUGCUCAGUGCAUCAGUCUGCAUGUAUGUUCAGACACACACGUGCCUCAUCUCCAUCUGUGCUUCUGCAUUGAGCAGUCAUUGUACAGUUGCUUGAAGAUUGCUUGACCAAUGAAUGUUUAUAGGGAACUCAGACCGAGCUAAAAGGAUCAUGAAGAGCAGACAGAAGUAACUGCAGGAGCCAUGUCAUAGUUCCGUAGCUUCAGAACAGAAUGACUUUACAUUUUUUGUUCACUUUGAUGUAUGUGUCGCCCCUUAUGGGGAUUUAACACAUAUUCUGGAAACAUGCUUGCUGCUGAGAUCAAUUAUCUAACGUGUCAUAAUAGUGUUACGUUGUAAAGACACCUGCCAUUAAGCAGGAGAAUAGGUUUGAAGCCAGUCUUGGCUUAAUUGUUUAAUGUAUAGAAAUGUUUACAUAUGCUAAAGAAGGGCUAUUUCUCCUUUGCACAUUACUAUUCUCCCUCCGUUAUGUCACUUCUUUGUUGACUGUAAAGAAAAUAACUGUAGCUUGUUUUUUAAUUAAAUAUUUUGUCAGUGA